GUACACCUUCUCUCUUGUUCCCCCAACCUGUCCGCUCGUUCUACCAAUUGGCCUUGGCGGAACGAUGCUUUCUCGACGACUUGUGACUGGGCGGAUGGCCCAAAUCGCCUCGCGCCAUGCCCAUCCCCGCGCUUCCUUUUCUCAAUUCCGCGCUCUUCGAGCCCAAACUGAAGACGAUGACCCUCAUCUUAACGGAAACUAUCCUAACCCUCCAGCCGUGAAACGCCAAUUCCGCGACCCGAAUGUCGACUGGUGGGAUAAGCAGGAACGACGUAACUUUGGCGAACCGGUACACGAGGACAACGAUGUCUUGGGUGUUUUCAGUCCUGAGCAGUAUACUCAUGUCACAUCCAACAAGGCUUUCCUGUCAAUUGGUACCUUCGUUGUUGGCUUCCUCGGACUUUGCGGGUUGGUCAGUCUGUACUAUCCUGACAAGCCAUCGGUCCCACGGACGUUCCCCAAUGGUGGACUCGAGAAAGAGCUCGGUGGUUCAGGAGCUGUUCGCGCUCAUAAAACCGGAGAGGAUACGUGGUGAUUUUUCAGUGUUGAUUGAAUGUACAUAAAAUGGGUCCUAGAUCAUGCAAUUGAGUUCCUGCUUCGUUCUUUCCAUCAUUGGUAUAGUAUGAGACGAUUUUUCGAAAAUGCACAACAUACCGCCACCAAGCUGCUUGCUUCUAUUUACCUACGAUAGCAAGCACUUGGAUACUCCGGGAAUCUCUGUUUCCUGGGAUA